UUCCUCAGCAUCAAGUGCAGCCCAGGCGGACCGUCCUGGCUGCGACUUCUCCCAGCCUCUUUUCAACGCACUGAGGAGAAGGGCAGCAUCAGCACCGCACCGAGCACAGGACGUCUGGGAUGCAGUACUACUUUGUUUUACUUUCUUGAAAACGAACUGAAAUAUUUUUGUUUUGAAGACAAACAAUAGAGAGCGGAUUUUGGCGUAUCCGUCAACCGGAUGCAAGCAGAGCCAGGCCCACCUUAACAAUGGGCCUCGUAACGCGGUCCCUCCUGGUCCCGUUGGCAGUGCUGGCUGUGGUGGUGGCAGCCUCGCUGACAGAACAAGCCCCAGCAGAAGACGAGUACACCUGGCCACAGUGGGAGCUUCCCCUGGUGAGGACCAGGCGCACGGUGCCCCUCAGCAGCCCCAGCUUCUCCGCCCGCCCCCAGGCGGAGCUGAGCGCCACCUGCGGGAUCGAGUGCCAGCGGCGCCUCCCCGAGCCCUCGCUGCUGGACCUGGAGCAGUUCCUCUCCUACGAGACGGUGUACGAGAACGGCACGCGCACCCUGACCUCCGUCAGCGUGCAGGGCCUCGACGCCCCCGCCCGGAACUCCUCCUCCCGACCCGCCUCCUCGGCCAAGUCCCGCCGCAAGCGCGAGGUGUACGGCAUGGACACCCGCUUCACCAUCGCCGACAAGCUGUACUCCACCAAGUACCCCUUCUCCACCACCGUCAAGAUCUCCACCGGCUGCUCGGGGGUCCUGCUGUCGCCCAAGCACGUGCUGACGGCGGCCCACUGCAUCCAUGACGGGCGGGACUACCUCAGUGGGGCGCAGAAGCUCAGGGUGGGCAUCCUGAAGGAGAAGUCCAGGAGAGGGAAGGGAGGAAAGGGAAAAGGAGGACGAGGAGGGAAGGGCAAGAGGAGGAAGGAGGAGGAGGGCAAAGACGAGGAGCAGCCCGAGGAGAACCAAGAGAAGGGGAAGAAGGGAAAGGGGAAGGGGAGGAAGAGCCGCAGUCGCCGCAGCGCCGACAAGGCGGACAAGCCCUCGUUCAAGUGGACCCGGGUCAAGCAGACCCAGGUCCCCAAGGGCUGGUUCAAAGGAGGCACGUCCGAGGGGGUUACGGCAGACUACGACUACGCGGUCCUGGAGCUGAAGAAGGCCCAGAAGGUGAAGCACAUGGAUCUGGGCGUGGUGCCCUCGGUGAAGAAGCUACCGGCCAGCAGGAUCCACUUCUCAGGCUUCGACGACGAUCGGCCCGGCAACCUGGUGUACCGGUUCUGCUCAGUGUCGGAGGAGUCCAAGGACCUGCUGUACCAGUACUGCGACGCCGAGGCGGGCUCCAGCGGCUCCGGGGUCUACGUCCGCCUCAAGGAGCCCGGCAAGAAGAGGUGGAAGAGGAAGAUCAUCGGGGUGUUCACGGGCCACCGUUGGGUGGACGCCAACGGGAACGGGCAGCAGCAGGACUUCAACGUGGCCGUGAGGAUUACACCGCUCAAGUAUGCCCAGAUCUGCUAUUGGGUGCACGGGGACUCCAGCCAGUGCCGGGCCGCCUAAGGACACACACAUUGCCCAGAUACACAUGUACACACACACAUUUACAAACACUCUUACACACACAUACAUACAGACACACAAACACACACAAACACACACACACACACACACACACACACACACACACACACACACACACACACACACACACACACACACACACUCAAAAGCAAACACAGACACAUAUUCAGCAGGAAACACACAUGCAAACAAACAAACACAAGCGUACAAAUACGUAUACAGAGACAAACACAAACACAAACAAACACGCCUCAAAAACCAUUCACCAGACAUCUCACUACGAUCGGAGCACUCAUAAAGAAAGCAGUGCUAGGUCACUUUACUGUCAAUCUAAACUCCCUCAGCUGAAAAGGGGACUUGUCACACUAAUUGACGGUAUCAAUAUCAAUAUGUCACAGAAACCUGUAUGCGUGUAGCACAUGCAAGCAGACAACCCACGGCAUCUACAGACCGACAUUCAGAAAAACAAAGAGUCCCAAAUACGAACACAUAUGCGCUUACAUUCACACAUGCAUCCCUUCACAGACACAAAGCCGCAAAGACUCCAUGUUGACAAUACCAGGAACUUGCAAACUCAACGGGUGCUAAGGCUUAGCAGCUCUUCUAAUUUAUUUAAACAAACAAAAAACAAAAAAUAUCAUUAUUAUGUAUUUACAGAUAAAUUAGGUGCCUUUUUUAAAAAAUGUAUAUAUUUAAAUGUUAUAAAUUGCUCUAUAUUGGCAAAUCCUCACAUAACAGCAAUGUUUCCAAUAAAAGUUUUACUAUUCUGCAUUUUUUUGGUGGGGAGCAUAAUUCAUACAAAGCAAAUGCAUCGGCCUUAACACAAGACAACACAACAAGACCCAGGAAAAAAUAUUUUUUCUUAUGAAUUUACUAUAUUAAAAUAUUGAAAAGAGGAACGUUUUUAUGAUGAUUUUUUAUACUCGAAGUCCAGUGUUUUCUGUAUAUCUAGCUUUAAGCAUAUUUUUCUCUUCUUUGUUUGUUUUAUCCGUUUUUGUUUGUCAACCACCUUUGAAACCAUCAUUUAUAUUUCUUUCUAAAUAAUUAAGUAAAUAUUCCCAGACUGGUUAUGGUAUGAAACUCAUCACUUAGUCUCUGCUCCUCCAAAGAGGUGAACUGCGGAUUCAUUGUUGUUUCAGUGGUGCUUAUCAAGAUAAAUGGUGCUAAUGUUUAGUUUAUUUGUUUAUUAAGUGUUUUGGGGGAGAGUGUACUUGAGUAGACUCGUCAGAUAAUAUUUUCAUUUUGGCUCCCUCAUGUGGAGGUUUGUCACACAGCACUGUAAAACUCAAUUUUCACAUCAACUUUUUAGAUUGCCGCAUUAGGUAUAUAGUUAAACUAAAUCCUAUCGUCAAAUUUUAAAAAAAAUUCCAGUGUGUGUUGAAUUUCAACUCCUGUAUUGUAUAGGCUUAAGAUAUUGUUGAAUGAAGUUCCAUAAUUCAUUUUGAAUUCCUAACAGUGUUGAUGCAGAGUGAAACAGACCAACCAUUAAACCAAGAUUACAAUAUAGCGUGUUACUUUGUGUGUUCAUGAACACCUUCUUGCCUAACGUCAAAGUUCUAUAUUUAUUCAUGGAAAUUCGGUAUAUUAUGAAAUUCUAUGUUUUGUUGACAUUCUAUGCACAAAGGAUUGCAGGACAAUGCAGCCUUUUAUCUAUGAACAAGAUGGCGACUUUUAGCAUCUCUUUGAACUCCUGUCUCCCUCUUUCAUCUCCUCUUCUCGUCUCAAAUUAAUAUUUUCUAUUCUCAUUUCAAAUAAAUUGCAAAGCAUUGCUCAGCAAAUUAAAUAUA